GGCACCCAGGGGAGCCAAGGACCUGCAUCUGUGUCCAAGCCAGGAUGGAUUCCAGGACAGGCCGCCCAGAGGUGCUGGGUGUCCUGGGGUUGCUGGCCUUGAGCUUCUUGAGCCUUGUUCAUUUCCUGGGCCCCUGCCAACCCGUGGAUGGGCCGAGCCAGUCUCAGGGACUCCAUAGAGAGGCUGCAUGCCUGACUCAGCAGGACGCCUGCCGCAUCACACUCGUGGAGAGUAUCCCCCAGGACCUGUGGUGGUCAGUGGCCGACCGGUCUGCCCAGCCGCUGGCCCAGGCCUGGCUGCAGCUGCUGAACAUGGCACAGGAGAGUGUCCAUGUGGCCUCGUUCUACUGGUCGCUCACGGGGCGUGACAUCGGCGUCAACGACUCGUCCUCCCAGCUGGGGGAGACCAUCCUGCAGGAGCUUCAGCGGUUGCUGGACAGAAACGUGUCCCUGGCCGUGGCCACCAGCGCAUCCUCCCUCGCCCCCAACUCUACUGACCUGCAGGGCCUGGCAGCCCGAGGUGCCCAGGUGCGGCAAGUGCCCAUGAGGCAGCUGACUGGGGGUGUCUUGCACUCCAAGUUCUGGGUGGUGGACGGGCGGCACAUCUACGUGGGCAGCGCCAACAUGGACUGGCGGGCCCUGACUCAGGUGAAGGAGCUCGGAGUCGUCAUUCACAACUGCAGCCGCCUGGCCCAGGACCUGGAAAAAACCUUCCAAACCUACUGGGCACUGGGGACAGCCCGGCCAGAGUUGCCCAAACACUGGCCACACAACUUCUCCACGCACAUCAACCGACUCCGGCCCUUGAGGGGGCGUUUUGGGGGGCUCCUCACCACUGCCUACUUCUCGGCAUCGCCACCCGUGCUCUGCCCCCGCGGCCGCACCCGGGACCUGGACGCGCUUCUGACAGAGCUGGGGCACGCCCGGGAGUUCAUCUACGUGUCCGUGAUGGAGUAUUUCCCCACCACGCGCUUCAGACACCCUGCCAGGUACUGGCCGGUGCUGGAUACGGCGCUGCGGACGGCUGCUGUGAGCAGAGGUGUGCGCGUGCGCCUGCUGGUCAGCUGCUGGCUCAACACAGACCCCAGCAUGUUCCCUUUCCUGCGCUCCCUCCAGGCCCUCAGCCACCCCGCGGCCGGCAUCUCCCUGGAUGUGAAAGUCUACAUCGUGCCGGUGGGGAAUCACUCGAACAUCCCAUUCAGCAGGGUGAACCACAGCAAGUUCAUGGUCACGGAGCGGGCAGCCUACGUUGGCACCUCCAACUGGUCUGAAGACUACUUCAGCAGCACCUCAGGCGUGGGCCUGGUGCUCAGCCAGAAAGCCAACAGCUCCCAGCCUGGGGUGCUCACAGUGCAGGAGCAGCUGCGCAGACUGUUUGAGCGGGACUGGAGCUCCCCAUAUGCAGUGGGCCUGGACCCGCCCACCCCCAGCAAGGACUGUGUUUGGCGGGGCUGAGUCUCUGGACCUGGUGGACCCACAGAUCCUGGCGAAUCCCACUCCUCAUCGGGCCUCCUCCAAGCAGCUGCUUCUGCCCCAGCCCUGGGUCUAGGCCAAGUGCCCAAAGACCUGUGUGUGCCAACUUGGCUUUUCCUCUGCUCCCCAAACUCAUCUGCACCUAAAACCUGCCUCCUUCAGGAAGCCCUUUAGGGAGUCCUUUGCUGGCACCCCUAGAGUAAUCACAAACCCUUGGAAUGUG